AAAUCAUUCAUACUAUAAUAAUAUUCAGUCUUCCCAAGUCUACCCUUUAUCCUCUCUUCCAUGUCUAACUAAUGGCUGAACACCAGCUCUUAUCCACCGGAAUCCCUCACCGGACCUUACCGGAGACUUACAUCCGGCAGGAAUCUGACAGACCAAACUUCACCCGAGUCAUCCAUGAUCACAACAUACCUAUCAUAGACCUAAACUCACCUACCAAAGCUCAAAUCAUCUCCCAAAUCCGUCAUGCCUGCCAAACCUAUGGUUUCUUCCAGGUUGUGAAUCAUGGUGUAGGGUUAGAUUUAGUGGAGAAGAUGAUGACAAUUGGUAAAGAGUUCUUCAAGCUCCCCAUAGAGGAGAAGAUGAGCUUAUACUCUGAUGAUCCUGCAAAGAAGAUGAGGUUAUCCACAAGCUUUAAUGUCCGGAAAGAGACUGUCCGUAACUGGAGGGAUUACCUUCGUCUCCAUUGUUACCCUUUGGAAAGAUACACCCCUGAUUGGCCUUCCAAUCCUCCUCUUUUCAGGGAUGUGGUGAGUUCUUACUGUAAGGAAAUAAGGCAGCUUGGUAUGAGGCUGUUGGGUUUGAUAUCACUGAGCUUAGGUUUGGAGGAGGCCUACAUUGAACAAGUCUUGGGAGAGCAAGAACAACACAUGGCCAUAAACUACUACCCUAUAUGCCCAGAGCCUGAUCUCACUUAUGGCCUUCCUGCCCAUACUGACCCUAAUGCUCUUACCAUUCUUCUCCAAGACCCUCAUGUUCCUGGUCUUCAGGUCUUUAAAGAAGGGCAAUGGAUUGCUGUCAAUCCCCAUCCCAAUGCUUUUGUUAUCAACCUUGGUGAUCAAUUACAGGCAUUGAGUAAUGGGAAAUAUAAAAGUGUGUGGCAUAGAGCAGUGGUAAAUUCUGGGAAGGAGAGGAUGUCAGUGGCUUCAUUCUUGUGUCCUUGUAACACUGCACUAAUUAGUCCACCAAAAAAGCUCAUUGAAGAUGGAUCUCCAGCUGUUUACAGGAGUUUCACUUAUGAUGAGUAUUAUAAGAAGUUUUGGAGCAGGAAUUUGGAUCAGGAACACUGCUUGGAACUCUUUAAAAACUAGCUUUAAUUUAUGUGAUCUGCCAAUUCUUGCUUCUUCUUUUUAGUAGUGUCUUUUUUUUUUAAUGGGGCUAGCUGGUAUUAAUAUUAUGCUAUGGGAUUUAAUGAAGACAAUUCAGAUUAACGUAUAUCAUAUUAAAUUGUCUAGCCAAGGGUUUUUAGGACUUAUAUAAGUACUGUAUCUUGUAUAAUUAUGUCCUAAAUGAUGUUUUUAUUUA